AUGCUAUUCAUGCCCCGCACUGCUUCUGCGUUGAAAAGCACUUCGCUGCCCCUCCUUCGCAACACCUUCAUCAACAACUCCUUCAAAUCCAUCUCCUCAAGACAAUUUCACGCUUCUAAAUCAAACAUGGCUAUCACAACUUACUUCGAUGUUACCUGGGAAGGCCCAGUUCUUGAUGCUUCCGGAAAGGCUACCAGCACCAUCCAGGAACAAGCCGGAAGAAUCAAGUUCACCCUUUACGACGACGUAGUCCCAAAGACCGCCGAGAACUUCCGUGCUCUCUGCACUGGUGAGAAGGGUUUCGGAUACGAGGGUUCUUCCUUCCACCGUAUCAUUCCUCAAUUCAUGCUCCAAGGAGGUGACUUCACCCGUGGCAACGGUACCGGUGGAAAGUCAAUCUACGGUGAGAAGUUCGCCGAUGAGAACUUCGACCGAAAGCACGUCCGCCCAGGUCUCCUCUCCAUGGCCAACGCUGGACCAAACACCAACGGCUCCCAAUUCUUCAUUACCACCGUUGUCACCAGCUGGCUCGAUGGUAAGCACGUUGUCUUCGGUGAAGUCGACGAUGAUUCCUUGAACAUUGUCAAGGCUCUCGAGGCUACCGGAUCCGGCAGUGGAAAGGUUCAAUACAACAAGAAGCCAACCAUUGUCAAGUCUGGUGAGCUAUAG